GUGGCGCCUGAGGGUGUCGGCGCGGUCAGUGGCUGCGCUGAAGAGAGCGGUCGCCGCCAUGAUAGAACAGCAGAAGCGCAAAGGCCCAGAGUUGCCCCUGGUGCCAGUUAAGCGGCAGCGGCAUGAGUUGCUGUUGGGAGCGGCGGGGUCGGGCCCGGGAGCGGGGCAGCAGCAGGCGACGCCGGGAGCUUUGCUGCAAGCGGGACCUCCAAGGUGUUCCUCCCUUCAAGCCCCAAUUAUGCUGCUCUCAGGACAUGAAGGGGAAGUAUAUUGCUGCAAGUUUCAUCCCAGUGGAUCAACUUUAGCAUCUGCAGGAUUUGACCGACUGAUACUGUUGUGGAAUGUCUAUGGUGACUGUGAUAACUAUGCCACAUUGAAGGGACACAGUGGAGCAGUGAUGGAACUGCAUUAUAACACAGAUGGGAGUAUGCUCUUCUCAGCAUCCACAGAUAAAACUGUGGCAGUGUGGGAUAGUGAAACAGGAGAGAGGGUUAAAAGGCUAAAGGGACAUACUUCCUUUGUGAAUUCCUGUUAUCCAGCCAGGAGGGGCCCUCAGCUUGUCUGCACUGGCAGUGAUGAUGGUACAGUUAAGCUCUGGGACAUCCGGAAGAAGGCAGCCAUCCAGACAUUUCAGAACACAUACCAGGUGUUAGCUGUGACCUUCAAUGAUACAAGUGAUCAGAUUAUUUCUGGUGGAAUAGACAACGAUAUCAAGGUCUGGGACCUGCGCCAAAACAAGCUGACUUACACCAUGAGAGGCCAUGCAGAUUCAGUGACUGGCCUGAGCUUAAGUUCUGAAGGCUCUUAUCUCUUGUCUAAUGCAAUGGACAAUACAGUUCGUGUCUGGGAUGUCCGGCCAUUUGCCCCCAAAGAGAGGUGUGUGAAGAUAUUUCAAGGAAAUGUGCACAACUUUGAAAAGAAUCUUCUGAGAUGUUCUUGGUCACCUGAUGGAAGCAAAAUAGCAGCUGGCUCAGCUGACAGGUUUGUGUAUGUGUGGGACACCACCAGCAGGAGAAUAUUGUAUAAGCUGCCUGGCCAUGCUGGCUCUAUCAAUGAAGUGGCAUUCCAUCCUGACGAGCCGAUCAUUCUCUCAGCAUCCAGUGACAAGAGACUGUAUAUGGGUGAGAUUCAGUGAAGAUACGAGUGGAAAACUACAAGGUUGCUUGAUUUUGAGACCUCCAACUGCAUAAGUGGCGUCAAAUGUUACCCAGGCUAGCAUCCUCCCUUCAGAUGGCCAUCACUAGGAGAAACAGAGGAGGCAGUCGCCAUAUUCCAAAAACCACUUCUAUCCCAUUUCAUCCGGAUGAUAAAAGCAAGCUCCCAGUGGCCUCUAACAACCACCUGCCAGAUUUCAUGGACUAUUUUUUUUUUAAUACGUUUUCUUCAAAGGGACAAAUAUUGAUUGGUUUGUAGUUUCCUGUUUUCUAAUCCAGGCCGAAGACAGAAUAUGACAUACUUGUUGGUUGGGACUUUUUUUUUAUUCAGUACCUGACUUGUAUGAUAUGUUCUUUCUGUGUUUCUCUGAGUCAUUUUGUAUUAAAAGCCAAAUAUAUGCCUUUUUACAAUAGCCAUGAGGAUUGGAUUUAUUGUUGUCUUUUCUUCAAGGCUUGAUUGCUGUAAAUUAGAGUGGGGCAUGACGUGGCCAAGGGAU